AUGCCUCCAAAACGUAAACAUGCUUCUUCCACAACUACCACUAAAUCAAGCUCUGCAAAAAAGAAACUUAACAGACCGAAAAAUUCAUCGAGAACAACAGCAGAAACAGUCGAUGAACAAGCAUCAAGCAGUGACAAUAAUGAAGAAUUAAAACAUUUGACACUGUUAGAAAGUGGUCAUGUUGAUUUUAUUUAUAGCGACAAUGGCAAUGAGAAGAGACCAAUUUAUAUGAUUUUAACACCGAGUAGAACACAAGAUAAGACAUCUAAACGACGCAUAAUUUUUACAAAAACCGAAACCAAAGAAGAUCAAAAUCUGUACUACGUUCGAAUAGAAAAUAUGGCCAAUACUGGAUCAAGUAGCGAAGCAUCAGUUACUCAUCAAAAUACCAUCAAUGUUGUAGGUCAAGUUGCUGUUGGUCAUUACAUGGUUAUCCACGAUAAUCAGUCGAACAAAACACAUUUUGCUUACAGUCUCAAUGACAAAAUAAAUGAGCGACAUGCAAAAACCGAACUAGAAAAGCAAUUAAUUAUUUGCGUCGAUGGUCACAAUUCAUUUACAAUUGAAAUAUAUAAUCAAGAAGAGUAUGAAAAGAAAGUUUUGGAAAAAUUUCGAGAAAAUCUUUGGUUGUGGACUCAUCCUGAAAGAUUCAUAUUCGAUGAUGGUGUUGAAAUGGCACUUACACAGGACAGCAAAGACUUAGUUAAACAAAAUGGUCAAUACCUAAAAUCUCGAUUAUCACAACUAACACAUUCAAAAGAGUAUGAGCAACUCUGGAAGAAAUUAAAUGCUCAUUUUAAAUCAAAUUCUAAGUAUCAGAAUAGUUAUAUUCCUGGUGUUAGUGAAUAUGAGAUACAAGAAGCUGAACGACGUCUUGGCGGUAUUAUACUCCCAAAGGAUAUUAAACAAGCUAUCCGUAUUCAUAAUGGUCGUCUGAAACAGGGCUUUGGUCUUUCAUAUCGUUCACCAACAACUGAUCUUCUACCAUUAGCUGAAUGGCAUCCAUAUGAAAAUGAAGAAUGGUGUAAUGAUCUAUUUGAACAACUAGUAGACGAUGAUGACAAUAAAAUAGGUGAAGGUCUUAUGAAAGAUGAUCUAAGAGAACAUUUAAAAGUGUAUAAUGAUAAAAAGACUGUGAAGAGUAAAGAAUUUCGUGAAAUGAAAAGUGAAUUAUUGGUAAUUGGUGAAGGUAUGGAUGAUUAUGUUGAACAAUAUCUAUUGGGAUUGAGAACGGGUACAAUUUAUUUGCAAAUAUUAAAUUUACCUGAAUGGAUGAAAAUUGGUACAUUUAAAGAUUGGGUUCAAUAUGCAUUGGAAAAUAACAAUUUUGAAGAAGAAGAAAAUGAAAAAUCGGAAGAAGAAGAAGAAGACAAUGAUUGA